GCCCAGAAGGAAGGAGGUCGGCGGGGCUAGGGGCUGCUAUGGUGCUGCGUUACCCGGCGGAGCCGGCCGAGUCGGGGCGGUCGCGGCCAUGAAGGCGGGGGCCACGUCCAUGUGGGCUUCGUGCUGUGGGUUGCUGAAUGAAGUCAUGGGGACUGGAGCCGUGAGGGGCCAGCAGUCGGGAUUCGCAGGGGGCACCGGGCCAUUUCGAUUUGCAACAAACCCUGAUUUUUCCGCCUACCCACCAGCAGCCACAGAAGGACCGACUAUAGUUUGCAAAGCCUGUGGACUUUCAUUUUCAGUAUUUAGAAAGAAGCACGUGUGCUGUGACUGCAAGAAAGACUUUUGCUCCGUUUGUUCAGUCCUGCAAGAGAACCUGCGUCGAUGCUCUACUUGUCACUUACUGCAGGAGACGGCCUUCCAGCGCCCUCAGUUGAUGCGCCUGAAGGUGAAGGACCUGCGGCAGUACCUCACGCUCAGGAACAUUCCGACAGACACUUGUCGCGAGAAAGAAGACCUGGUGGAUCUGGUUCUGUGCCAUCAGGGACUGAGCUCCGACAACCACCUGGACACAGGCAGUCUGGACUCGACACGGUCCCAGGCGUCUAGCUUUUUUACACACUCAUUUUUUUCAAACUCUACACCCCCCUCUGCUACUGUGUCUUCGUUUCAGGGAGAGCUCAUGGACGGAGAUGGGGCCUCCAGGUCUGAGACGCUGGCACAGGUACAAAGUGAAACGGCUUCAGCCAACACAGAAGAUGAUGACGAAGACGAAGACGAUGACGAGGACGAGGAUGACGACGAUGAUGAUGAAGAAAACUUGGAGGAGCAGACCCCUGCGCUUUGUAAGAAGAGAGUCAGGGCCUCGCUGUCGGACCUGUCCAGCCUCGAGGAGGUGGAAGGGAUGAGUGUGCGCCAGCUCAAGGAAAUCCUGGCUCGGAACUUUGUCAACUAUUCCGGCUGCUGUGAGAAAUGGGAGCUGGUAGAGAAAGUAAACCGCUUAUACAAAGAGAACGAAGAAAACCAAAAGUCAUAUGGCGAGCGGCUGCAGCUGCAGGAUGAAGAAGACGACAGCUUGUGCCGGAUCUGCAUGGACGCCGUCAUCGACUGCGUGCUGCUGGAGUGCGGGCACAUGGUCACGUGCACCAAGUGCGGCAAGCGCAUGAGCGAGUGUCCCAUCUGCCGACAGUAUGUGGUGCGAGCUGUACACGUGUUCAAGUCCUGAGGUGGGGGCUCUCCCUGGAAGAGCUGCCCCUCCUACUGGACCCCCAGCACUCCAGUGCGCAGAGGGUAUUGGGAGCUUCCUGUUCAAAGGCUGAAGCUGUUUCUGAAUUGGUAGGAGAAACGCUCACCCUAGGUUGUGGACACUGGUCAGCGCCGUGAGCUUCCUGGGGUCUGCCCGCUUGUCAGGCAUCCCCAGGACUUGAUGGGGCGUAGCAUCGGCCACUGCUCUCGCUGGAGGAUACCCUGUUCUUGUUAGACUGAAACCACUUGGAUGUUUGGAACUCUGUGCCGAUGGAAUGAGGUCACUGUCCACAAGUGGCCAGCACGGAACAUGCCCGAGUGGCGGCCACCGUGCUCGCGGAUUGAGUCAUGUGUAUUUAAGAAGCUGUAUUUGAUGAAUGUAAGUUUCCACAUUGUUGCUAUUUCUGCAGUUAAACAUAAUUGGGAACAACUGACAUUCUGUAGUCAGCUGCCAGGGCCUUAGACUAAACAUGUCCAUUUUUGUUCAGGUACAGCUUUUAUAGCCAGGGCUGCGUCCAGCUUCUUCCAUUAGAAGUGUGUGUGUGCUAAAUUCUUUAUUAACGUGUAAGCAAUUUACACUGUUUUGUAUGGUGAAGGUGUAUUUUAAGUGCUACCUGCUAGCUAAUUUCAACUUUAGAAAUAAAAUUAGAUUAAAACU